GGCACCAACCCUCUUGUUUCUGAUCAUGGACUGGUGUGUGCUUUCACUUCUGCUACUGUUGAUGGGGAAGCAUGGUUUGUGUCAACAAGAGGAAGUUUGCUCAAAGUCGGUGAUAAACUCCUGCAGUGACUGCAUCAAGUCUGGGCCAUUCUGCUCGUGGUGCAAACAGCUGAAUUUUACCAAACAAGGAGAGCAGGAAGCAGUCCGUUGUGACACUGUAGCGCAACUUCAAAAAGGAGGCUGCACAGCAAACGAAAUCAUCUCCCCUCAAAACCACAUGGUCAUUGAUAAGGAAGAACAUCUGUCUGCAUCAUCUAAUGAUCAGGAUCCAGUUCAGAUGAGUCCACAACAAAUCAGCCUGAAACUGCGUCCUGGACGUUCCACCACUUUUACUGUUUCCUUUAAGAGAGCUGAGGGUUAUCCAGUGGAUCUCUACUACCUGAUGGACCUCUCUUACUCCAUGAAAGAUGACCUGGCAAAUGUCAAAGGACUGGGAGAGGCUCUUUUUGCUGCUCUAAAUAAAAUUACUAAAAAAGCUCAAAUAGGGUUUGGAGCCUUUGUUGACAAGACAGUUCUUCCUUACACCAACACCAAUGAGGAAAAACUAAAGAAGCCAUGYGAUGAGAAUGAGCAGUUUUGUCAGGCUGCUUUCGGCUACAGACACGUGCUCAGUAUGACACCAAGUCAGGAUGUGUUCAAUGAYAAAGUGAACAAAGUUCUUAUUUCUGGAAACUUGGACUCUCCUGAGGGCAGUCUGGAUGCUAUGAUGCAGGCUGCCAUUUGUGGGGAUAUAAUAGGUUGGAGAAACAGCAGCACUCGGCUGCUUGUUCUUGCCACAGAUGCUGGAUUCCACAUGGCUGGAGAUGGAAAACUGGCUGGAAUUCUGGAACCCAAUGAUGAAAUGUGCCACAUGAACAACGGCCUUUAUACAAAAAGCAGUGAUAUGGACUACCCAUCUGUUGGACAACUGGCCAUGCAGCUAGAAAAAAACAACAUUCAACCCAUAUUUGCAGUGACCAAAAACAUGAAGGAUGUGUACACAGAACUUUCCAAAAUGAUACCAAAAUCAGAGGUGGGAGUUCUUUCAUCUGAUUCUAAAAAUGUUGUGGGACUGAUUGAAGAUGCCUACAAUAAAUUAUCGUCUAAAGUAACUCUGACCCAUGAUGUUCUUCCUGACAAUGUGAAAGUAACCUACAAACCUAACUGUGCUAAUCCAAUACAAGAGGGCAACAACAARGGAAUUUGUGACAAAGUUCCUGUUGGACAAGAGAUAUCUUUUAAUGUUACAGUCACAGCAGACUCAUGCAUGGAGGAGAAAUCCUUCACUAUAAGCCCACUGGGUAUUAAAGACAAAUUGACGGUGACCAUAUCUACCAACUGUGAAUGCCAGUGUAAUGACCCAAUAAACCCAUCUCACCCACACUGCAACUAUAAUGGAAGCGUCACCUGUGGUAUUUGCAGUUGCACGGAGGGUUAUGUUGGUCAAUUCUGCAACUGCUCCAUUGGGAAGAAAGAUGAACAAACGCUGCGGGCAUCCUGUAAGAAGGACACCGGUACCGAGUGUGAGGGUCGAGGCGACUGUGUGUGUGGAAUUUGUUACUGCCAUAAAACAGAGAAAGGGAAGAGUUACUACGGUCCAUUCUGCGAGUGUGAUGAUGAACACUGUGAGAAGUUUGAUAAUAAACAAUGUGCAGGAAAUGGUGAAUGCAAAUGUGGACGAUGUAAAUGUUACGAUGGUUUUGACGGUUCUGCCUGUCAGUGCCAGACAUCUGAUCAGAGCUGUCGUACAAUAAACAACACCGUGUGUUAUGGCAGAGGGACCUGCAAGUGUAACUUUUGUGAAUGCAAGGAGGGAUACCAGCGGCCAUUCUGCGAGAAAUGCCUUGGGUGUUCUGAUCCAUGCAGUACCAAAUUGACCUGCAUUGAAUGCCUUGGUUUUGGCUCUGGGCCUUUGAAAGAAAAAUGCAGUGCUGCUUGCAACAUUAGUCAUCAGAUUGUAGACAAGUUCAGUAUUUCAGGUAAUGAGUGCUACCAGAAGGACAGUGAGGGAUGCUGGAUCAAAUUCAAAUUGGAGCAGCUGGUCGGUGAGGAUAACUACUUCGCUGAAAUACUGGAAGAAAAAGUCUGUCCAGAACCACCCAAUGUCACAGCAAUCAUAGGAGGUUCGAUUGCAGCUGUGGCUGUUAUAGGCAUCCUGCUGCUGAUGCUCAUCAAGUUACUGAUCCACAUGAAGGACCUAAAAGAGUUCAAGAAGUUUCAAAACGAACAGAAGAAGUCUAAGUGGGCAGAGGCUGAUAACCCUYUGUUCAAAAACGCAACCACCAAAACGGUCAACCCCAUGUUUACUGGAGAAUGAAGACACACACACCAGCAGCAGCUAUUUGACAGACCUUAUUUUGCUGCAUCAGAAAUAUUUUUGCAUAUUUGAUGCAUUUACUGCUAUGAAUUUCUUGUCUUCUUCAUAUAGUCUGUGUUGUUUUUUAACUUAACUGUAUAUAUUUCCUAACUAUGAUCUAGCAUACAGUAUACGGUGCAGUAACUAACAAUAUUUAGUUUGAAUAAAAGAUAUAAAAAAUGUAUGACCGAUGUUAAUGUGUCUGGAAGUCAGAUGUUUGAAUGACUAAAUAGUGCUAAUYUAGUUUGAAAUAAUUAACUUUUGGUUGCAUAUUUUGUGUAAAACUAUCAAAAAAUUAACAUUUUAAGUUUUUUUUAAUAUGUUAGAAUUUGCUGUUUUCUUUUAGUUUUUAUGUAGAGGUUUAGGCCAAGAAAUCAACAAAAUGUCAGCAGAAUAAACAAAUGAUCUUAAUGUGCAGACUGAAGUAUUUUUGGUUCCAACUCCACUGAAUUUUUUAUCAGCUUACUGAGAUGUUACAGGAGUACAUCUCAUCUUCAUCAGUUUAUUUUAAAUUUAUAUAUCAAGCUUUUACUCAAAUAUAAGCAUUAUUUCCCACUGCUGAAAGGCUAAGUUAAUGAUAUGAUGGAAUGAUGUUUGUGCGACCUGAUUGUGAAUGCUUACAAAAAUAUUUUAUAAACCACUGAAUAAAACUUUCAGUAACCAUA